AUGAACUUCCUUCUGUUCACCGCCGUCUUCACCAUCUCUGCCUUUGCUCUGCCAGAACCGGUAUCUGGAGGUGUUACUUUGUUGGCCAGAGACAAUGUCAAACUGAACCAGUACCGCACUCUGGACGACUGUGAGAAUGACAGAGACAUUCUCUAUCAUGCUGCCCCAGUUUCGGGGAAGUGUUAUGAGCUGGACGAUCAAACCGGAGCUUUCUUCUAUAACACUGGAGGCUUCUGGCAAUCUUAUUCCUACGAUGACCAUGGGUGCGGUGGUACAUCACACAAGUUCCAGCGCUAUACGGGCAAGUGUGUCGAGAGAGGCUCUCAGAACUCAGUGAAGUUCUCUUAG